CCACCACCACCACCACCACCACGAUGCCUUCCCCGCCAAUACCAUUCCACAUCCUCCGAGCACAUCAUGCCCCCAUCUCAGCGCUGCACUUUACGCGGGGGAACACGCACCUCUUCGCAGGCGACCAGGACGGCGUCGUGAGCGUCACAGAUCUGGGGGCGCGGCGCGUCGUCGCCAGCUGGGAGGCGCACGACAAGGGCGUGCUCUCGGUUGGCGAGUGGGACGGCGGUGUGGUGAGCCAAGGGCGCGAUAACAAGAUCAACUUCUAUGCGCGGGUGCCGAGCGGCCCAAGAGGACAAGGCGCACCGGCCGUGGUCCAGACCAUGCCGUCCAACUCGCUCAACUUUUGCCGAUUCUCUCUCGUGCCGUUGGAGAAGGCGAACGAGGCACUGUUGGCCCUCCCGAAUCUUACAGAUUCUGAGCUGAUCGACAUCUAUCACGUCCCGAGCCUGAAGCGCCUGCACUCGGCGAUCAACUUCGUCCCACGGGCAACCGGGCCCGACGCGCCGCGAUCAGGGCUGGUCAUGUCCCUCCACCUGCACGUGCGUGGGGCGGAGGUGUUCCUGGCCACGGGGUACGAGGACGGCCGCGUCGAGGUGUGGUCGUGUGCCGUGUCGGCUGUCGAGACAAUGUGGGACGGGAGGAAGGGCGUGGAGAAGGGGGAGCAGUUAUGGAAGCGGCUUUGGGAGGGCAAGGCGCACAACGAGGCUGUCAUGGCCAUGGCCGUCGAUCCGGCGUUUACCCGGGCGUUUACCGUGUCAGCCGACCAUCUCCUCGGGCGCGUGGACCUGUCUUCCAUGGAGGAGGCGCACCUGACAUAUGCCCAGAUCAUCAGCGGCACUGCAGACCCACCGUCUUCGGCACUGGCGACGUACGCGAUGAACCAGAUCGGCCACGCCUCACUCGCGACCUCUCACGACGGGCGCGUGGUGGCCGUCGGCGGCUGGGACGGACGGAUACGACUCUUCUCCGCAGCGACGUUCAAGCCGCUCGGCACGCUGUCGUACCAUCGCGAGAGUGUCCAGGCGCUGGCGUUUGCCCAGCCGGCAGCGACGACACUGCCCAUCGAGGGGGCCAGCGGCGACGAUAACGAGACGGUCGAGCUGGGCGCGGAGAGCGAUAGCGACGACGACGACGACAACGGCGGCGCGGGGGAUGCCGCUGGGCCCCGGGACCGGUGGCUCGCGAGUGGCGGUAAAGACCGGCGUAUUGCCCUCUGGGCACUCAUGGACUUUGCAGCGGGUGCAAGCGCGGCAGGAAGGUAGCAGGAGGCAGACGUACAUCACUAUGCAUGGCAUUGGC